UGCUAAUCAACCUGUGGCCGAACGAUUGCUUCAUUCUUACAAAUCAGCUCCAGAGACGGCUUAAAACAACAUUUAAUCGUUCUGGCCUUGUCUGGUCAAGCAGAUUUACGCUGAUGCUGAUGUUGAUGCUGAAGCGCCAUCGACGCUCAGGCUAAGCAGCAGAAUCGCCAUGGGUUUGGAAAAGGUCAAGCACGUUGUGCUGGUGCUCUCCGGUAAAGGAGGCGUGGGCAAAUCUUCGGUGACGACACAGCUGGCCCUGUCUCUGACGCUCGCCGGCCACUCGGUGGGAAUCCUCGAUGUCGACCUGACCGGCCCGUCCAUCCCGCGCAUGCUAUCGAUCGAGGCCUCCAAGGUCAAACAGGUACCGGGAGGAUGGGCUCCGGUUCCCGUCCAUGAGGCAGAUCCUGAAACCGGCUUGGGGGGUCUGCAUGCCAUGAGUCUAGGAUUCCUGCUGCCCCAAAGAGGCGACGCGGUGGUGUGGAGAGGCCCCAAGAAGACGGCCAUGAUUCGACAGUUCCUCAAGGACGUGCUGUGGGACGAUACCGACUACCUUCUCAUCGACACUCCUCCGGGAACCAGCGACGAGCACAUAUCACUAGCCGAAACGCUGCAGAAGGACGCCCGCCCAGGCCAGGUGGCUGGCGCGGUGGUUGUGACGACGCCCCAGGCAGUGGCCACGGCGGACGUGCGCAAGGAGCUCAACUUUUGCGUCAAGACGGGCAUCCGCGUGCUGGGAGUGGUGGAAAACAUGAGCGGCUUCGUCUGUCCGCACUGCUCCGAGUGCACCGACAUCUUCGGGUCCGGUGGCGGGCGGUCCAUGGCGGAGGAGUUCAAGGUACCGUUCCUAGGAUCCGUACCCAUUGACGCGCAGUUUAUCGCCCUCGUCGAGGAAGGUCAGCGGCCGCAUUACCCAGCGGGAACGGUAGUGAAUGGCCGGGAUAUAUCAAGCGAUGAGAAGCCCGACAAGCCCCAGGAUAAGGGCGAAGAAACGCUGGUGGACAAGUACAAGGACUGCUCGUUGUUCCACAUAUUCGUAGGCAUAACCUCGCAGCUCGAGAAGAAGGUUGCUGGGGCAGAAGUUACAUGACAUGGCGCUGCACUGCAUUUACUUGUGCCACAAUUGUUUUCGUGAUAGCAUACCUCGCCGUACAUACCCCAUCCUCGCAGUAAUGGCUGUGCUGGAGCUGUGAGACUUGCAUACAUGUGGAACAGGCGCCCUUUGAAGCGGGUGCUUCCGCUACCUCCCUUGUCUAGACAGGUAGUUACUUGAUAUUACGUGGACGAAGGAUUAAGCCCUAGGCACUCUCCCAGUCGACAGAGGCUGGUUUCACGACUAGAUUUUUCCAGAGGGCUUCGAGCGGGAUACAUAGACAGGCUGAGAUUUUUAGUAGUAUGGAAG